AAAUGAUGAAUCAGGCUGUCGGUAGGGUAGGGUCGGCUGGAUAAGAUUGUUGGAAUGGCAGCGAAAGAGGGAGGGAGUGAAGGGGAAGAGUUCGUUUACAGGAUUAGCACGGCCAAGGAGUGGGAAGAGUUGCAGAAAAAUGGGUCUAUCUUUGGCGGAGAGCUUGAUAAGUCCACUGGUUGCUUCCAUCUGAGCAAUCUCGAUCAGGUACGGCCAACGUUGCAGAAAUUUUUCAUGAAUGUGAAGGAGGAUUUGUAUAUUCUUCAAAUUGAUGCUAAGAAGGUAAAGCACUUCACUUUGUGUCAUUGAAUCCUUAUGAAUUAUCUUGUUCUUUAUUUGAACUUCUCUGGAUGAGCAUGAAAGGAAGUACGAAUGAUGGGUUCUUGACAUUUGUGUAUGAAAUAUUUUCGUUUUUGUGUUGGUUGUUAACAGCAGAUAGAAAUGGGGAAUGAAUUUCUUGUUAUAGUUAACAAAGCAUAAGAUUGUUCAUCUGGUUGUCCCCAUUAUUAGUGAUGCAUUUAACUUGAUGAUGAAUGUGUGAUUGGGCCUAUUCCUCCUUAUUGUGUUAGUUGAACCAGACCAAUGGUGGUGCUAAAACUUUGAUACUGUAAAAAGCUAAAACUCAAAGCAGUUAACUUGUAUUAGCAUUACUUAGGUUUAAGAAACCAUUUAGGCAACAAAGAGCAUAAGAUAGAAAAAGGCAAAAAUAUUGAAGGAGAUUUUAUCUUUUUUAAAGUGUUAAAAUCUUCUGAGUUUUUUGUUUUAGUUUAUGAAACAUAAAAGCAAGUUUAAAAUCUAAACUUCUGGUACAACUGAUUCUUAAAAAACCUGAUGGGUAACAGGUCAUUAGUUGCAACACAUCAUUGUUAUUACCUUGACCCUUGGAUUGGGAAAUAUGUUGGAGGAGGAAGAAGAGGAGGGGCUAAGCAGAAGAUGGACAUUAAGAGGCUUUGUUAGGGGAUUGAAUCCAUGGAUGACUCUGUUAUUGACUCAAAUUAAUUGGGAAUCAUACAAAGCAUCAUUGACUAAAAUUGUCCUCCUUCGUUGGAUUCAGUGAUUAGUAACAUGAAAUUUUAUUA